UCCUUUCGUGUUCAAAAUGGACAUUGACAAACUGUUGGAUGCGAGAUAACUACCACUGACGAUUUACUUCGAAGGCUUUUGUAAUGACAGGACUUUUCCGCGAGGUUAAAUUCAUACAGGAAUUAACCUCUCCUCAAGAAAGUUUCUACGUGGUUUUCGACUACUGAAAACGUUGAGUUUUCAGAUGGAGGUUGGCGAAUUGUCAACAGAAGACGAUGUCGUUACAAAGGAGGCUUCAUCUACGUGUAGUCAAGGAAAAGCUCCCCGUGGAGACGAAGAGGUUGUUGCCUCGGCUGAAACCGGAGAGAGGGAAACGGAGCAAAACACGCCACGUGUAGUGUACUCGAAGGAAGAGUUACUCAAUUUGAGAGAAUCUCCAGCAUCAAAACUCUGGCCAUCUAUUCUUUCAGAGGAACACGUCAGGCAUGGAGUGUGGGAUCCUGAGAUGUGGCACCAAUCUAGCUCAAGUGGAAAAAGAUGUGCCUCGCCAGGGGAGGAACUCAAGAAACAGCUCCUUAUUGAGGAUGGAAUAGUGUUGAGCCCUCAGCGUCAAAGCUUUGUACAAGGCUGUCAGAUUCCUCAGAGUACACCUGAAAGGAAUAACCAACAGGAGAGGGUGAAGACAGGUUUGAGCAGGACAAGUGAUCGUGAAAGGGAGGGAAGGGGUAGACUCACUGGAAGGGUGGGCAGAGGAAGGGCCCUGGACUAUAAAGAACGUACACCCCUACAAGAAAGGAAUAAGGAUCCAGAAGAACUGUCAGGAAAAUAUUCAGGGUUUAGGGAAAGGGAAGAUAGAGCUGACCGAGGUUAUGGCAAGGAGAAAGACAAAGGAUUCAGGGAGAGGGAUCAAGAUCAAAACAGGAAUAGAGAAGAACAUAGUCGAGGGAGAAAUAUUCAGGUCAGGAAAAAGCAUGUAAAGGAAAGUAAUAAUGAAGAGCCAGAAUGGUUUACAUUUGGUCCAUCAAGCCAGUUUGAAACUAUGGAGCUGAAAGGAUUUGAUGACGAUGAGUUUGAAAAAAAAGAUCAAGAGAGGCGUAAAUCUGCAUCUGAUGAGCUCAAAGCAAUUUUGUCAGUUGGGAAGAAAGCCCUUGUGAAUGGUGAAGUGAAGAGUUCUUCGGCUACGACAGGCAGUGGUCCAUCACAAGAAAGGGCAGAUGAAAUAAAGACCAAAAAAACUAAAGAUGCUAAGGAAAAUGUGAAUGGCACUGCUGAUGACAGUCAUAAACAAGAUGCCAAGCCUUUUGACAUAAAUGACUUUUUCGUGAGUGAAUCCCUGCUACCUUUUUCAGGAGGGGUGGACCAAGCCAGCAGUCGAUUUUGUCAGUUUUUCGGUCAACCAGGGAGUAACUACAGUAGCAGUAGAAGUGGCAGCCCAGGUAUUGCAAGUGGUGGUGCAAACACACCUCGGACGCCGUCACCAGGACCAAACUACUUAUUCUCCCCAAUCGCACCUUCAGUUGUUGAUGGUGUUGACUCUCGUGGCCUGGCACACAUGCUACAUAGUUCCCGCAUGAACAUGCAGCCUCUUCUGGAUGAGGUUAUGUCUUUCGGAAAGGAAAGCAAGGUUAGGGGAUCAGUCAGGUUGGAGGACAUUGAGGCUGAGGUCACAAAAAAUGCCGCGGACUUUGCAAAGAAAGAAACUAGUGACUUGGAACAAAACAAAGAAAAUCUUAAAAGUGGUGACACAACCAGCUCAAAGGAGGAAAUGUUGGCAUUUGAUAUGCUUGUUGAAAAGAUGAAGUCUUCAGGGACAUUGCCAGAGAAGCCUCAACCUGUGAUUCCGGGAUUACCAUCCCGUUUACUACCAAGACCACCAUCUCCUAAACGUAAAACUUCAAGAAAUACACCUUCUCCUUACCAUGAUCUAAGACGUUCACCCUCACCUGCUGAGCUGCUACAACGGAUGACUAUGCAGGGGCCAUUGUCUGAUCACAGGUCUCCAUCACCAGCCCAGGUGGUACCUCAGAUGAACAGAUCUCCCUCACCUCUAGAGAUGUUCCACAAGUACGGUGCAAUAGUGAGCCCCUCACAAGAUGUGUUUGCUUCUCCUUUGUUGCGACACACACCGUCCCCUCGUGCUAUGCUUGCACAGCAGAGAGAGAGUCCUCCACUUGGGUUUGGUGGCGUUAACUUGUAUAACCUACCCCCACAUGUCAUGUCGCUGUACCUCGGAGGACAUCACCCAGGCAUGCAGCUGAAAGGGAACCAAAAGCCACCUUCAAGGAAGCCACAAGGGGGGAACACCACACCAGGCGGCGCCCCGGAACCACGUAAUCAGACUUUAUCGCAUUCAAAACCAACUUCAGAAGGUCAGACGGGUUCCCCUUUCAUACCUGAUCGAUCUUUUAUGCCGACAUCUGUGUUGAGGAAGAUACGCCAGGAACAAUUCGACCAGAAGAUGCCAAAGUGCGACGAACAACCUAAAGUAAGAACUUCAGUAGCAGUCGAAGAAGCCAUUGCUAAUAACAGAGACCACACCGCUGACCAACAUCCCUCCCAGGCGAAAGCAAGGUCACAGUCAGGCAAUGCAGAUGAUUUAAUUAAGACGACGCUAUUGCAACAGUAUGUGACUGAAAACGACGCUCAUGUAAACAAAACUGCGCCGAAACUCGACCAUUUGUUGUCUCCGAGGUCCAUGAUGUCAAAUGAUUCACAGAUACCGCAAAGUGGUUCACCGAUUUUGCAGAAGCCAACGGCCUUUAGACCUUUACCUGGAUCUCCACAAAUACCGUUUCCCACUUUUAAGAGUAGCGGUAUUCACUCUGAACCUGCAUCUCCACUGCGUUCUUUUAAUCAGAGCGGAGGAUCACCUCUGAGACCCGUAAAGCCCCUUUCGCACUCGGAACCAGGCACUCCCCAGCGUCAUCCAUUGGCAGAUAAGACACCUUUGCUGUCACCUCAGCAGCUGGUGUCUAAAAGUUUGAUGCCAAGAGUCCACGGCAAGCCGGGGGAAGGAUUAUUAGGCCAUGCCACUACCCUGGAGAGUCAGGGAAAAGGCAUUCGCAGUGGUAUCACGCGUGUUGUUACGGCCAAUGAAGGUAGGCCCCUAACCCACUCGUUCGAACAGCAACCUCAUAGUAUACCAGAGAAGGUGGCCGUUCCUGAAGACGUGUUUCAAGCGAAAAGAAAUGAGAGUUUGGCAAAAAGUCAUCAUGGUCUACCUAUGCAAAAAAUAAACAGUACUGAGAUGUCGACUCCAUAUGAGAACCUACCGCCAAAUCAUCCUCAAGGAAUCCACGGAAGUGGUACGCGACCUUCUGCCGCUCAUUUUAUGACGAGAUCGUUUCCAGGACUGCAUGGUCCACGGCCUGGCCCGCAUGUACGAAACGGACGCAUGUCUCCGUCUAGUGUUCCAGCCAUGCAUGGUCAUCCUGGUCGUACCCCCUUUAACUCGCCUAUGCCAGGCAUGGCGAUGCCCCCCCGUUCUGCAAUGCAUCCUGGAAUGAUCCCACCACAUAUGCAAGCAGCUUAUCUAAGGAUGAUGUCUUCAAGUGGAAAUCCCAUGGGAGGCAUCCCCUCUCCUGGACUAAACCCUAUGUCUAUGAGGUUACCUAUUCCGCACUCAGCAGGCAGGUAUCCCUUAAUGCCAGGACACAACCCAGCUGCUGCCGCCAUGAUGUAUGGAGGGCGUCCAUCACCUGCAUAUCCACCUGUUAACCCUGCAACGAUGAUAGGAGCUCGUUCUCAUCACAUUCCCCACCAGGUUGGUCUACAGCAGGUCCAGGCUCGACCAGUUUCAAGUCCUGUUAUGAACCAUCCUUCUCAACCCCAUUCUCCUGGUGGGUCUGGUUCAGGGAACAUUUUGUCGAAGUGGUUCAGUGAAGAUGUUCUCCAACAGGCCGCCCCAGUGCACAAGGAUACCGCUGCUGACUUUUCAAGGAAAUUUAUGUCAGUAGAAGAACUAGAGAGACAGCAGACCGCAGCAAUGAAUUAACUGAAGCUUUUUAUAGUAAUUUGAUAUUUAAUACUUUCAUUAUUGUACUAAUGAGCGUGGGUUUACUGAUGCUGUCGCGCUUCGUAUGUUUGUCGUUAAUAUUUUUCUCUUGCUGACUGUAUUCAUAUCUUAGAUACUAUUGAUUUGUAUUCGUGGGAUUCCAUGUUCCUCUCUACUAAAUUAAGAAAAGUUAUUUAUUUGCAAAGCCGUUCGUUGCUAAUUUCACACGUUUGAUUCUUUUUCGUGUAAGUGAGCUUCAUUCCCACAAACGCUAUUUGUUCAACUCCUAAGGUUAAUUAAUGUACACUGUAUAUAGAAAUGAACUGUGCUUCGCUUUACCUGAAGAGAGAAGCUCAUGUUUUGUUACAUGUUUAAGGAAGUUUUGUGCUAACUUUUUAUGAGAGUAUUUUCUUUGGAUGUAGGGUGACCCAUUUUUUCCCGUUUAAUCAUUUCCUUCUGUAUUUGUUUUCCUUCGUAGUGAGAAUCGAAAACAUUCCGCACACGGAAAGUUUAUAACUGUUUCGUGUUUACCAUUCUCUUGGGUUUUAAUUGAGACACGAGACAGUUGUACAUAUAACGUAAGUGGCCUUCUUUGAGAAUAAUCUGUGACAUUGGCAAAAAUUUAUGGAAUGGGUCCCUCAACCCAAAGUUAACACACAUCGUAGAUAGAAUUGAAAUUUUGUCAGAAGGUACAGAAGCAUAAUUUCCAUUCCUGAUUAAUGCUUCGAUAAACAUCACAGUCAACCACAGUCCAAGGUUAAAAAAUAAUCUGGGCGUGAUGAGAGUAAGCGCAAACGUCCUCAAAUGAGAAAGCUGAUAAGACGAGGCAAGUAGCUAAGUAUAUUUAUUGGAACAAGAAAUUGUUUGUAUAGGAAAUGGUUCAAAUCACAUAGGACCGCCUCGCUGCAUCACAGCGGCUACCAUGUAAUUUAUUGUAGUUGGUGUGACUGUCGCGAAGUCAUCUAUAAUUAAUCAGUCCUGUACUUUUACCGAAAGUGAUGGUUCACAUUGUAUAGUAUUCUAAACCUGGAGUUGCACUAUUUCAGUAAAUUUCAUUUGUUUCGCGACAAGACAGUUCAAUUUGACGGUGAAAUUUUGUAAAGAUUGUGGUGUGAGGUUAAGAUCAGUUAUGAGGACAAAAAACCAUUUAACUGAAAUACCCAAAUUGAGUUAUACAGGUUCUUACCUAACUUUAGUUUUUCCUUUGUAUCGUCACCAUAAUGUUAACAAGUCCUCUCCUGAUGGGAUAUAUCUUAUGGAAUGGAGUUUUGGUUGUGUCCGCGCACUUUUGAUCCAGACUGUUUGAAGAUGCGUAAGUAAAAGGAGGCUGGGAAAAAAAAAAAGACUGGCGUGAAGUACAUGCUAUAUACAGCGACUCCUAAGACUGAUAGCGUUGGAUUAUGCAAAUAAACUUGUUUCCUGUUGUA